AUCUUCCAAUUGUCAUUUAAUAACAACAAAUUCAGUCUAUUUUUCUAAUAAUGCAUUAAAGUUGUCGUGUGUGCGUAUCAAAGGUUACUUGCAAAGUUGUGUAGUGAAAGUUGUUCGUGUCUUUGACCUAAUUCAGUUCAUUCUCGUCCUUUGGGCAUAAUGUACAUUCCACAAUAGGAUAAACUCAUUAUAUAAUAAUAAUCACGAAGAAUCACAUAUUGCAAUCGGUACGUGAGGGAAAUAGAAAUUUAAAUUGCCGUGAUGACGAGCACGGAUACACGUGACGUAAUCCGAGUUGGGUCUCGGAAAAGCGAGUUGGCUUUGAUUCAAACAAGACAUGUCAUACAAUGUUUGAAAGAGUUUCAUCCAAAAAUGGAUUUUGAAAUAGUUACAAUGUCUACCAAAGGAGAUAAAAUUUUAGACAAAUCUUUACCAAAAAUUGGGGAGAAGUCCUUAUUUACAGAAGAGUUAGAACUAGCUUUAGAAAAUGGCCGUGUCGAUUUUGUAGUACAUUCAUUGAAAGAUUUACCCACAUCAUUGCCUGAGGGAAUGGCUUUAGGUGCAAUCUUAAAGCGUGAAGAUCCACGUGAUGCAGUUGUUAUGUCUAAAAAACACAAGGAUAAAACAUUAUCUACCUUACCAGAAGGUAGUGUAAUUGGUACUAGUUCAUUACGUAGGUCCGCUCAGUUAUCAAGGAAUAUGCCACACUUAAAAGUAGAAAACAUUCGUGGUAAUCUAAACACCAGAUUAAAAAAGUUGGAUAAUGAGGAUGGGCCUUUUGCAGCUAUUAUUCUGGCAGCUGCUGGUUUAAAAAGAAUGAAUUGGGAAGACAGAAUAAGUCAGUUAUUAGAAUCAGAGGAAACAUUGUACGCUGUAGGCCAAGGUGCAUUAGGAGUCGAGUGCCGGGAAUCAGAUUGGAAGAUAUUAUCUCUUUUAGAGCCACUAUAUGAUGUUGAGACAACAUUAAGAUGUGUAUGCGAACGUUCUUUCUUAAAAACAUUGGGCGGUGGAUGUUCUGCACCAGUUGCAGUUUCCUCAACAUUAAUGGACAAGGAUCUUACUAUUACUGGCGCAGUAUGGUCUUUAGAUGGACAAGAACUUGUUAAGGAUACUCUUAGAAGUAAACUUUAUAUACCUGAUGAUGAUGGUGAACCUCCAAAGAAGUGUCCAUAUCGAGAACCACAGCUUUACUGUAGCGUUGUACCUGGUAAAGUAAGCAGUAUAAGUCUACUGGGUGCUAAACAACUUGGUAAAGAUCUCGCAAAAAGCCUUAUAGAAAAAAAUGCUCUUGAUGUUAUGACAGAAGCUAGAAAUGAAAUUUUAAAUUCAAAAUAGAAUUAAUGAAUAGGGUUAUAAGAAUUAGUUUUUCUUGAUAAUGAAAGGACAUAUUGAAUUUCAAACAUUUACAAUACUUGAUUCGAUUGGUAACAUAGA